CCGGGGUGCGGCCUCCAGUGGCGCAAGAGCUCCCGGCCCCGCCCGCCUCCUCUUCCCACACCCGCAGCUGGAAAGGGGAGGCGUGGUGGCUUCUGCCUGCGACUGGAGCUGCUCGUUUGUGCCGGAGAUCGCCGCUGGUACGAGCUGCUGAACCAGGGAUGAAGGCAAAAUCGACCUCCCGGCUGUCACGCGGGGAGUUGCUUUGAUCCGAGGCAGGGCAGACUGGACGGGAGGCGAGCCCAGCUGCUGGCGGAAGCUGCUGCCCCCGGGAGCUCGUUCUCUACCAACCGGGCUCCCUCGCCGCGCAAAGCCCGGGGGUCGCCGUGGGGAUGGCGGACUGCGCUUAAGGCAGGUCUGAUCGGCUGCGCGGGGGCCAUGCGGCGCCCCGGCUGAUGCUGCCUCCUUGGGGCGGCCGCCUGCUCGCCAUGAAGCGGCAGAACCUCCGCACGGUCUCCCUGAUCGUCUGCGUUUUCUCCUAUCUGCUGGUGGGCGCCGCCGUCUUCGAUGCGCUCGAGUCCGAGGCCGAGAUCGGCCACAAGCGCCUCCUGGAGCAGAAGCGCAACGACCUCCGAAAGAAGUACCGCUUCUCGGCGGAAGACUACCGGGAGUUUGAGCGGCUGGUCCUGCGGGCCGAGCCUCAUCGAGCCGGCCGUCAGUGGAGGUUCGCCGGCUCGUUUUACUUUGCCAUCACGGUGAUCACCACCAUCGGCUAUGGGCAUGCGGCUCCUGGAACUGAUGCUGGCAAAGUGUUUUGCAUGUUCUAUGCGAUCCUUGGGAUCCCACUCACCCUGGUUAUGUUCCAGAGCCUUGGGGAGCGCAUGAACAUUCUUGUUCGGAUGGUGCUAAAAAAAAUAAAGCAGUGCCUGGGAAUGAGGCAGACAACAGUCUCCAUGAAAAACAUGGUUGUGGUUGGUUUUCUCUCAUGUAUGGGGACAUUAGGCAUUGGGGCAUCUGCCUUUUCCUAUUUUGAAGGCUGGACUUUCUUCCAUGCCUUUUACUACUGCUUCAUAACGUUGACCACCAUUGGAUUCGGAGACUUUGUCGCCCUCCAGAAGCACGAAGCUUUGCAGAAGAAGCCUCCCUAUGUAGCCUUCAGCUUUAUGUACAUCUUAGUGGGCUUGACAGUGAUUGGGGCCUUUCUUAACUUAGUGGUGUUUAGAUUUUUGAUCAUGAACUCAGAAGAUGAACGUCGGGAUGAAGAAGAGAAGGCAUCUUUAAGGAGAGCCAGAAAUUACAUCAACUUGAAACCCAGGGAAGAUAGCAGGAGUACAAACGAGAUCUUGCUCCCUGUAGAAGACCGGACCAGUCAGAUGAACCUCAUCCCAUUGAUCCAUGAUGAUGCUGAGCGGCAGAGGGGCAAAGCCGUGGUUUCUACCACAAAAGUCCCUCCCUUUUGUACAUGCCUAUGUUACAGGCCACGGCUGAGCAGAAGCCCGGAUCCUCCCCAUCCCGAACCUUUCAACUGUCAUACGAAUCUGGUUUAUUACAAUUCCAUUUCUUAUAAAAUCAUGGAAGUCUCCCUAGGUGGUAAGGAUCACACUGGCCUGUCUUCCCCUGGCAGUACUUUGUCAUCUGAUAGUCCCAGUUGCCGAGGGCACUCCAGAGUCCGGAGAAAGUCUAUUUGAAAGCAUGCAUGUUCUUUGGAACUUUUUUUGUUUUCGUUUUGUUUUCAUUUUUACUCGGGCCUGUGUCCUGCUACCGAACAUGUGUUUUGAUGAUAAAUUGUGAAUUGAAUUGUCAGAUAGUUGUGGAGUGCCCUCUUUUCUUUCUUCUCCCCCUUUUCUUUGCAGGCACAUUCUGAAACGUCAACCCUUGUAUAUUGCAUUCCUGCCAAGCCCAUGCAAUGCUCCCUGAGCAAUGCCCUUUGAAAAUUAAUGCUGAAUAAUAGUUCCCAUGUCAACAUAUGUCACAACGUUUGUAUUGGUAACUUCAAUGGGUUUAAGUACUCAAACUCCACAGUGCCUCUUGAGUUGCCAUAACAUCUGUGGAGAGGUCUAAUUACGCCUUUGGGGGUAAAUAUACAGAUAAUACCCAGCUGUAUCAAGACAGCCUGUAGGCUCAGCUUGUCUUGUUGUUGCUGAAGAAGUCGACAGAUCUACACCCUAAAAGACACAGUGAACAGAUGUCAGGCUUGUGGGCUCUGCUGAGUAUUCUGCAAUAGGGCAAAGAAUGGACACAAAGUUUGGGAGUCCCUUCAAGUCUAACCAACCUUAAUAAGACAAAAGUUUUAGAGGAUAAUAAAAGUGGUUAGUAUUGGAGGUACUAUCAGACUUUGUAUCUGUUUUACUGUCAUAGACAAAUAUGGUUCUUUACACCCCUAUCCACCUUUUGCUCUUCACUUGGGAAGAAAGGAUUCUUUCUAGAAGUUUAUUAUAGGAAUCAAAUAUGAACAGAGUUCAUUGUCUUUCCCUAUAAAACUCCGCUCCUGAUUAUCCAAAUCCUCUUAAUUUUUGCAGCUUACAUUCAGGCUGGGAGGUAUUGCUAUUGUUCAAGAAUUGGGAACCAAGAAUCCGUAUGACUAGUUCAAACUACUCAAUUCUAGUAGCUAAACCAGAUCUACCUUGCGACUACAGGCAGAUUUCAUUUAGUGGCUGCCUCAUUUAGUGACUGUUCACAGCAACAACAAUGAUCAAAAAGUAACGUUACAAACAAUCCAUUCGCCAUCUUUGCCCAGUCUGUAAGGCAAAGGAAAGUUGAACUAAGGUCAUAAGCACAGUCACAGUUUCAUUUAGCAAACACUUCACUUAACAACAGAGUUUUGGUCGUAAACAAGGACUAUCCAUAUUUGUGUACCCCACUGGGGCGUCUUUGUAAUAGUUAUUGUGGAGAAGUUCUGCUUUCUCACCACAACUGUCUUUGUCUACAGUAGUGGUGCCCAUCUUUAAACAUCAAAGGUUAUUGAGAGGGAUGUUGAUAGGGAGAUGCUUCCAUUCAGAUUUUUUAGAUCUGUGCUUUUAAUUGCUCUCCCAUUUGGUGUUCUGGGUUUGAAAUGUCCUUCAUCAGGGAUGAAGGAGGGUGGGCUUAUUUUAAGGCCAAUCAGCAUUGCCUAUGUCAUCUGAAAAUGGGGAGGACUAAUGAUGUCUCAAUUAAAUUUAUGUAUGUGCAUGUAUUUUACAAGUGUUUUAGGCCACUGAAAACAGCCAUAUCGCUGUCCACCAGACGUGAAUGAUAAUCUAUCAUAGUCCCAUCACUCAGGCUACACAUCCGUGUGCAUCUCACUUCAUUUUGGCUAUACAAAUAGCAUAUUUAGAAACUUAUUUGCAUACACAGUGUUAGGAAAUAAAAUUGUACAGUGAUACCACUUUGGGGGCUGAAAACAGUAUUCAGGAGGAGUGGGAAGAAAGAUACUAUAAAAAGGCAAUGUGGUUUUUUUAAGCCAUAAAGAAACACAGCAAUUUAUAGAAGCAACUUUCACAUUCAGACAGGAUCCAAUUAAAGGCAUUGCUCUGUCUGGAAAUCAUUAUGGAGCAAUUGCCUGCCACAAUUAUUGCAUGUCUUUAGCCCUUCUCUUGGUUAUUUAUAUUCCAAGACUUCCAGGGUUGCUAGGAUCUCUCAACUGCCUUUCUCCCAGCUGAUAAAACUGGACAAGGUACAUAAGAUAACAUUGUUCCUUGGGCCGCCUAGUUUACAUUUCGCCUGCAAUCCUUAGUGGCCUUUGGAAGAAAGCCAAUCAACCUGUGCUAACUAUCAGAAAACCUCUCCAGCUCCUCUGCAAACCCCAAUCGUUGUUAUACAUUUUAUCUUCAUCUCUCUUCCGGUUUAGAAAAACAAAUGGGACCACGUAUCUGAGGGGCAACAGAUUGGGGAGCAGCCAAUUGUGAUUCACAAUUUCUGUUGUGGUUACCUGCUCCCAAGUCCCCUUUCUGAGGAGCUUUCAAUCUUGUUUUAUCAAUAUAUGCAAAUAUUUGCUUGUAAAAAAAUAAUUCUUAUCACUUGGUAAAGCUAGGCAUAGAAUAGAAUAGAAUAGAAUAGAAUAGAAUAGAAUAGAAUAGAAUAGAAUAGAAUAGAAUCAGUGAUGGGUUUCAAAAAUUUUUACUACGGGUUCUGUGGGUGUGGCUUGAUGGGCGUGGCAGGGGAAAGAUACUGUAAAAUCUCCAUUCCCACCCAGGGGAAGGUUAUAGCAAAAAUCCCUAUUUCCUCCGGAUCAGUUGGGAAUUGGGAGGCAGAGAAUAGAUGGGGGCGGGGCCAGUCAGAAUUUUUACUACCGGUUCUCCGAACUAUUCAAAAUUUCUGCUACCGGUUCUCCAGAACUGGUCAGAACCUGCUGAAACCCACCUCAGAAUAGAAUAGAAUAGAAUAGAAUAGAAUAGAAUAGAAUAGAAUAGAAUAGAAUAGAAUAGAAUAGAAUAGAAUAGAAUAGGAGUUCUAAGCCUGUGGAGAAAUUUCAAGAUCAAAUAGUCCACAUUUGCAGGCUUGAAAAUUCAUGAAUGCCAUUAAAAAAGAAGAGAAGAAAAAGGGAACCUGGUGCCCCAAAGGCCAAAACCAGCCUUGGAGUAGCAGUUUCUUUCUUGGCUGCAGCCUCCUUCGGCAACUCUACUUUCAAUAUAUGCAAUUACAAAAUGGAAAGGAGAUCAAGGUAGAAGAGAAACUGUGUGUCUCUCAUAGCCUGCUGCUCCGGCAGCUGCUGCCUGGACUUGGUUGGCAGAUGACAUGGAAAAUAAUGGCAAUAGAAGGUUGCUGUUUUCCCUUUGGCAACCUAAGGCUUUAUUGUACAGCUGCUGGUUAUAUGUGAAGUGAGACAGAGUAAGUAUUGUCUCCUUCAUGUAAUUUUUUUGGGUUCACUUGGGAUGGUUAGUAGUGGCAUGGUUAAAAUCCUUUCAGAAAGGACAAGGAUGAUAUUUAUAUUAUUGUUUAGGUUCUGUGCGGUCCUUGGUGCCCUCUAGGCUUGGUUGUUUUGGUUCUGUGUCUAGUUUAGAAUAGAAUAGAAUAACAGAGUUGGAAGGGACCUUGGAGAUCUUCUAGUCCAACCCACUGAUUAAGCAGGAAACUCUAUACCAGGGGUGUCAAACUCAAGGCCUGGGGGCUGGAUCCGGCCUGGGGGGUACUUAGAUGUGGCCUGCGGGGCCUCCCUGUGGCACGAAGGACCCUCCUGGUGCUUCUGGUGGUGAAAAUGGGUCCCAGAGCUCCAUUUUUGGCUGCCACGGCUUCCUGCAAUCCUCUGCCAGUGAAAGGCCCUCUCGAGCUCCAUUUUUGCUGGCAGAGGGUUACAGGAGGCUGUGGCAGCCGAAAACGGAGCUCGGGAGUCUGUUUUCGCUGGCAAAGCACUCAGGUUACCACCGGUCCCCCUGGACAUGAGUGACAUCAAGCUGAUCACGCCACCCCCGGCCACCACCACCCUGAGGUCAAACACAACCCUAAUGCAGCUUUCGAUGAAAUUGAGUUUGACAUCCCUGCUCUAUAUCAUUUCAGACAAAUCUGAAUUGUCCAUUCUCUUCUUAAAAACUUCCAGUUUUGGAGCAUUCACAACUUCUGGAGGCAAAAUUGUUCCACUGAUUAAUUGUUCUGUCAGGAAAUUUCUUCUUAGCAUGCAAAAUUAAUAACGUACACAAAGCAUCCUUGCUGUGAAAGGAUUUACUUUAUUUAUUUAUUUAUUUAUUUAUUUAUUUAUUUAUUUAUUUAUUUAUUUAUUUAUUUAUUUAUUUAUUUAUUUAAAUCAUAUAUAAGAACAGGUAAAAGUAUAAACAUAACUUGGAUAUAUGAAAAGAGCAAGUAAAAAGGAAUAUUAGGACAGGCACGGUAGGCACGCAGGUGCACUUAUGCCCACCCCUUACUUGGGGAGCCUCCAUUUUAGAAAAUCCUAAGCUAAAUUUCCUCAUUGGGCAGCAUCCACCUAAAUCUUUGGAUUCAGGUCAGUUCAGAUAUUCUCUGUAUCCUGCAUUGAUAGACUGUGUGCUGUGAUUUUACGCUGACUCUUCCCAGUCUGCAGCAUCUUUUCUAAAAUUGGUAAGAUCACCCCUGUGCAACAGAGGAUUGGCCUAUAUUGUCUGAAACUGGGAAUGUUAACUACAGUGCUGGGAGCAAAAAUGACUCUCCCCCCCCCCAAUUAGAUAAUUAAAAUAGGCACACCGAAAAAGCAGCACUAAUGUCUUGAGUUCCAGUCUUGAGUGUAAUGACUAAUUUGGCACAGUGGUUAAUUACUUUUUAAUUUGGUUUCUUGUACAGUGAAUGCAGGAGCUUCCCCUCCUAAGGUACCAUAGGAAUGCAAUAGGGAUUGCAUUUAAAUAAAUCAGGCUUCUACAAGAAGUGAGCAGGCUUCUAAAUUGCUUCAAACUAAUUUGAAUAAUCAUUGAAAAUCAGGCUUAAGAUGGUGAAUGAACCUAGUUAUUUGUGACUUGUUCAACAGCCUAUAUGUAACAUUGGCUUAGUGUGACAUGAACCUUUGCUAUUACAUAAGAAGUUGCUUUUCUUAUAUAUAUCCUUUUACAUGAGAAGCAGGAAUAUUGCUAAGGAGAUGUUCUUAUUCCUUUCACAAGAACUAUAUUGCUAUAUUUAUUGCUUGGCACUCUCCUAUGGUUGCUGAACAAUACGGGGCUGUGAAGUUAGCUUAUUUAUAAUAUUAAGUCUCUUAUAGUAUAAUAACUGUUGAGAGGCAUGGAUGAUUAGCAUAAUUUUUCCUUUUAAAAAAGCCCAAUUUUGUUGCAUAUUGUUUGGGAAUGGUUUGUGUUUCUGUAAACACACAUCGUCUUGCUAAUGAAAAAAUAGAAAAUCUUAUUAUGCAGUAUUAGAAGCAGAGUAUCUAUGCUUGCCUGUCAAUUUAAUCUCAGGAUGCGGACCAGACACCUGAUUUGAUUCUGGGCUUAUUCUAGUAUUUCAGGGGGGGGAAAAUCCCCUUUCCUUGAAUCAGAGGUUGUCUGCUUCAACUUUGGGCCUGAUUUGUGUCUCCCAUCAACUAGCAUGGGAGAAACCAUAAAUAGUGCAUCUUUUUCAACAGAUGUAUUUAUUGUGAAAAAUCAGUUAGUAUAUCCAAAGGAAUCAAGCUGUUCAAUUUUUAAAAAAUGGAUGCCAGAGAUUUAGAUCAAGGCCCCUUUAAGUUUUUUUCAACGAUGGUAAUGUUAUUUUUGGAAUUGAUUUAGCAACCAAAUUUAGAGAGGUAUUAUUAAUCUGAUGGUGGGGAAGGAGAAUUUAUUAAUCUCACUUAUUGUUUAACGCAGGGGUAGUCAACCUUUUUAUACCUACCGCUGACUUUUGUGUCUCUGUUAGUGUCUAACUGUCCUCUGGUUCCACAGUAAUGCACCGUGUAUCGUCAUCUGCGCAUGCCUCUCGCGCAUUGUGGAUUGGGUUUUUUUGGGAGGGGGGGUACCGGCUACCAGCUCUGCUUGUCUGUUACAUCUGGGUGGUGUGGGGGGAAAUGCGCGAGCUAUUCUGGCACGAGGCUCUUUUGUUUGCGGUUGCAUUAUAGCGCCAUUUAGUUUCACUUACAUAAUGUGAACUAAACUUAUGCACGGGCGAUACAAAUAGUAUAUUUUCAGAAAUUUAAAUUGUCACCUAAUGAAAAUGUUUUUAAAUAAUGCUAUGAAAAUUUUUUAAAAAGUCAAUUAAAUUAAAAAAAAGGAAAGUGCUUCAGUAUUGGACAAAACCCCUACCGCCCACCAUGAAAGCUGGAACGCCCACUAGUGGGCGGUAGGGACCAGGUUGACUAUCACUGGUUUAACGGGUUAAGUCACUGUAGAAGCUUAAGGCAAGGAACUUGCAGAUUACCAAACAAAAGAAGGUGGUUUUUGUUAUUUUAACUUUUCUAUGCUAUAGUUACCAGGUGCUGGGCAACAUUAAAAUACUUUUCAUGCAGUUAAACUAAUAACCCACCUAAAGUAAUACAAAAUUAAAUAUUAAAACGUAUAAACAAUGGAGCAGCAGCAUGAGACAUCAAAUAUCUAGGAAAUGAAAAAUGAUCUCAACACCAUUGAAAAUAAGUUUUUUACUGAUUUUAAUGAAUUUGUCUGGAAGACUCUGUUCAAACAAUUGUUUUAAUUUGGGUACGUUUUAUAAAAAGAUAUAAAGAACUCAGGUCCAUUUUGUUACUACAUAUGGAUGGUGCCUAAACUUUUCCAGUGGUUCCUUAUGUCCAUCGAGAGGGACCAUCUUCAUGAGAAAAGAUAUUCUGUAUUCUUCCUUCAAAUAUUUCUGUACUUGCUCUAAGUAAAGAAUUAU